AAGAGCUAUCCAUCAUCAACUUUCAUCAGACUUCAUUUGCAAACGACCCCUUCUACGUGAUGGAUAUCGGUAGUGACGGGUUCUGGCAAGUACUUCCAAACGCUGUGCUUCAUACUCAGCCAAAGCUAGAGAGUGCAAUGCGACGAAAGGUUGCCGAGUCGCCGUUUUGUAAUCUACGAUGUCAGUGUGAAGUCGUAGAUAUGAAACAGGAGGGUGACCGUCCUGUCAUCGAAUACGAAGACGAGAAAAGAGUUCGCCGUAAGAUUUCAGGCUCCUUCGUCGUUGGGGCCGACGGAAAGAAAGGCGUUGUGAGAAAAAACUUCCUCGAGGAGUCAGCCGGAAUCAAGCAAGUUGAGGGCUCGUACCGUUAUGAUGGAACGUGGAUUGCAGCGAACCUAAAACUCAAGGUACCAACUCCGGAGACACAUCCUGGCUUCCCCCUUUGGGCACUUGGAUUCAGCCCUGAAGCAGUAUACGACCUUUUCUGGCCGAAAGGUUGGCAUUUCUGUAGCCCACCAGGAAGAGCGACUGCCGCGGGGAGAUUUGGCCCUCACGCGGAGCGGUUGUGGCGCCAUGAGCUCGAGCAGAAUGACUGGGACGAUUCUAUGGACGCUGAGAAGCUCUUAUGGGCGAACAUCAAGCCUAUGAUCACACGUACGAAGGAUACCUCAAACAAGCUGUUCCCCUGUGGCGAUGUCACAUACCCGCGCGAUUGUAUCAGCAUUAUCCGGUGCCGCCCAUAUCUAUUUACGCACAAGGUCGUCAAUAAAUGGUACCACGACCGCAUUAUUUUGAUUGGCGACGCCGCACACGUGUUCCCGCCAUUCGGGGGUCAGGGUAUUGCAAGCGGGUUUCGCGAUGCCCAUCAGCUUGCUUGGCGCAUCUCGCUACUUCAGCUUCUACCCAAGAGCGACAGAUCGCUUCGUGAUAACCUUCUGGAGGGUUGGGCACGGGAACGCCGCUAUGGCGUUGACGAUGCCACGAAAAUCACGAGCCUAAAUGGCAGGUUAUGCAAUAAAGGCGAUGAUUUUUACUUCUGGCUGAUACGCACGAUAGUUUGGCUCUUGAGAAGCAUUUCAACUAUCUUUAGCAUGCCCGAUCCUAUAGCUGCUUCUGAGACCAAGGGAUAUCAGCAUGUUGACGAUGGCUUCAUUUUGAAGAAAUUUCGUGGCGGGAAACGCCUAGCUCAGAUUUAUGUGGAAUCAAGUCACCAGUCUCCCAUGUUAUCGGAUGAGUUGAUAAGGAAUACUAAGACGGUGAUGACGUUACUGGUCAUAGCAAGAGGCCAGUAUAGAGAUACAGUGGCGGAGGUACGAGAAGUUCUCAGAGCAGUUGACCCGAACCCAUCAGUCUUGUCGGAAAUAUCUCUCCGAGUUUUCUCUCCCGAGACGCCAUCUGAUACCGAUGGUGUUGAGGUAUAUUUUCCUACACCUACUCGCCGCCUCGUCGACUUAAGUAUCUCUGUCAAACCGGGAUACAGCCCAUCUAACUAUCUACGUCGGUUGGGCCCAGGUACGAAAUUUGUUAUCGUUCGCCCUGAUUUAUACACUUUCGCUCUCGCGAAUAACACGGAAGAAUUAGUAGAAUGUAUUAGAACACUCCGGUCACGGCUCCAACAAGAAAGUUGAGCUGCACAGUCGAGAUCGGGCAUUAUGUUGGUUACCUAAUCCACCUCAACCGUUAUGUAGAAUACCUGAAUCCAUAAGCUUAAACGUACGGAUAUACAUAGUAAGAUUCAGGGGUGGGUAUGCAGCUCCUUGCAC